UCCAUACACCGCUGUGUGAAUCGCCCCGUUACAUUCAGCACUCCACCGGAGAGACGGCUGCUUGAGACACAGGGGCGGGCGACGUGGACCAUAAUCGUGCUAAAAGGAUGAUGCGGACGACCCUAAUGCUGUGUCUGGGGGCCCUCCUCUCCCUCUCUUAUGCUCAGUUGUUGGAGGCAGAGGAGGCGGGAGGGGAAGAGGAAGCUGUGGAGCUCUUUACCACGCCCAGAGCCAAGAUGGCAGCUGCCACCUCUGACUUCGGCUUCAACCUGUUCCGGGCCCUGGCUGGUCGCGACCCCAAGUCUAAUGUGUUCCUGGCACCCAUCAGCAUCUCUGCAGCGCUCACUCAGCUAUCCAUGGGAGCAUCUCCGGAUCGUUCAGAGAGGUGGUUAUACAGAGCUCUGAGGUAUCACACCCUGCAGGACCCUCAGCUCCACAACACUCUCAGAGACCUACUGGCCUCACUCAGAGCACCUGGCAAAGGCCUCAGCAUCGCUGCACGUGUCUACCUGGCCCGAAGACUGCGUCUGAAGCAGGAAUACUUUGGCGUGGUAGAGAAGCAGUAUGGGGUGCGGCCCAAGGCUCUGAUGGGUGGGGCUAAAGAUGUGAAUGAGAUCAAUGAUUGGGUCAAACAGCAGACGGGCGGCAAGGUCGACCACUUCAUAUCCAAGCCCCUGGGACGGAACUCUGGUGUGGUCCCUCUGGGCGCCGCCUACUUCAAAGGGAAGUGGAUAAUUCGGUUCAGUCAGAGUGGUGCGAUGGAGGACUUCCAGCUUGUUGGAGAGGCUCCCGCCCGCAUUCCCAUGAUGCAACAGGACAAUUACCCGGUGAAGAUGGGCGUAGACCCAGACCUGGGCUGUACAAUUGCUCAGAUCCAGAUGCAGGAUGACGUCAGCAUGUUUGUGUUCCUUCCUGAUGAUGUCACUCAGAACAUGACCUUGGUGGAGGAGAGCCUGACAGCUGAGUUUGUUCAGGACCUCUCCAUGACCCUUCACCCCGUGCAGGCAGCCCUCACACUGCCUGUCCUAAAAUUCAGCUACUCCACUGACCUCCUGCCACUUCUCCCUGACCUGGGUCUCAACGAAUUUCUGGCAGACACGGACCUGACUAAGAUCACGUCUCAGACGGCGAAGCUCGGCAGCCUCAAUCAUAAGGUUGUUAUGGAGAUGGCCCCAGAGGGCACCCAGUAUGCCAGCUCCCGCCCCGCCUCCACACCUCUGUCGUACCGCGUGGACCGUCCCUUCCUGUUCCUGGUGAGGGACGAGGCCUCGGGGGCACUGCUCUUUAUUGGCAGGGUGGUCAACCCACUUUAAGCUGGGGAUAUAAACACACACACACAAACACACACACACACACACACACUGUAUUCUAAGCAGGUCCUAGGAGGGGAUCAGCCAUCGUUAAGCUUAAGCUUCUUUGUGUCAUAAAUGCACAAUAUGAGAGGGUGGACAAGCGGCUAGAUUCAGCCAUGGAUCAUAUAAUACAGUUUCUUAAUCAUGUAUGAAUACCAUUCAGACCAAAAGUUCAGACCAAAAGUCUGAACACUCACAACUGAUAGUUUCAAGUUGUUUUCAGAAAAAGGAAUGUGAUUGAAAAGUACAGCUCUCAUAAUUUUUAAACAGAGGCACAUACUUUAACCAAAAAUAUACUCUUCAUAAUAUUGUCAAUUGCGAUGCAAGAAAUAAACAUUGAAGUUUUAA